AUUAAAAAAGUUAGUGAGUCAUGUAAAUUAUUUUCGUCAUUUCGUCUCUUCCACUCGUCACUUUUGCUUGUUUUGUGAGUUAUUGUGCUGUGAAUUCGUGAAGUCGGAACGAUUGUAGAGUAGUUUAAAAUUGAUGGUAAAACUUCUAUUUUGCAUUAUCAGUGUCAAUCUGGCUUGUUAUUCCUAAGACUGUCAUACCAUUUACAAGGACCAGUUUAACAUUCAUUGUCAAACUUCUUGAACUUAAUUUUCAUUGUAUUAAGCUAGUAAAAUGAGUUUACAGUGGACAUUGAUUGCUGGAUUUUUGUAUGCCGAAAUUGCUUUAGUUUUACUUUUGGUUCUACCCAUCGCAUCUCCUACAAGAUGGCAAAAACUCUUCAAAUCAAGAUUUCUUCAAGCGGUGACUGCCCAAGCAUCAUGGUAUUUUGCAUUUAUAUUAUUUGUUCUUGUAUUGUUCCUAUGUGAUGCAAUCCGUGAAAUGAGAAAGUAUUCAAGUGCUGAAGAAGCUGAGAAACAUGCACAUUUAGAUGCAGAAAUGCAAGUUAAUAUGCGUCUUUUUAGAGCACAGCGAAAUUUUUACAUAUCUGGAUUCGCCUUGUUCCUUAGUCUUGUCAUUCGUAGACUUGUUUCUUUGAUCAGCCAACAAGCAAUACUCUUAGCUCAAAGCGAGGCAGCUAUGAAACAAGCCCAAUCUGCAACUUCUACUGCUAAAACUCUCCUCUCUCAAAAAGGAUCUGGUGAAAUUGCUCAGAACAGCUCUAAUGAAGCUCAUGAUAAGGAAGUUACGGAGCUGAAACAAAAACUCAAAACUAUUGAAUCUGAUCUUACUCGUGAGAAAAAGGACAAAGAAGCCAUGAAAUCUCAGGCUGAAUCAAUCAAGAAAGAAUAUGACAGGUUGUUAGAAGAGCACAGAAAACUUCAAGUUAAAGUUGAUGGAGACCAAAAUAAGGACGAUUAAGGUACUUUCUGGAUGUUGCACAACGCCUUUGGCUUGUAAAAACUUACUUAGACUAUUCACUUCUUCUAAGCAAAGUUUUAAGUUAAUUUAGAUGUUCGUUUUAAAAAAACAUGUUUUUUACCUCUAUGCCUACGAAUUUCUUUACGUUUUAAGCUAUGUUGGUGUGCCAGCCUUUUGUUUUCCGUAUUAAAAUGUGUUACUUGCCUGUAGGACUAUUAAGUCCUUUUACAACAUUUACGAAUUCUUCAAGUUCCAAACUAACUUAUAAUUUGACUGAUAGGCCUAACCGUUCAUAGCCUAGAGGCUGGUUGCUAAAUAAUUUUCAACUCACGUUUUCAUUGAAAUUUUCUAUCUAGUCCUCAAUUUUUGGAUUAUAAGUUGGUUGCACUUAAGUUUACGUCCUACAUGUCCUAUUAUACAUUAAACUACCAGCUGAUUAUAAAAUGAAACUGUUCUAAACUAAACCUUAAACUUAACGAUACUGCAGUUUGUGAGUAGGGUAAAUGUAGGACGUAAACUAAAGUGCAGCCUAAGUUUAUAAGUUUAAUGCAUUUGAUGAAGUUUUGUAAGUUUGAAGCUUAUGCUACAUAUGUUAGAUAAGUUAUUUACCAUGUCUUAACCUUUUUUCAAUGAAAGUUAAUUAAUAUA